UUUUUUAACUUUAGGUAUGUGCUCGAGUCUGAAAAGCCGCUGCAUAAGAUUGGCCUGCUCUUGUCAGAUAAUGGUUCGUGGACAUACAUUUUUGGGGUGGGUAAAUUCAUCGUUUUCAUAUUUCACAGGUAUUGCUUCCCCGUCGUCAACUGACUGUGCUGUUGUGGCCUACGUUUGCUCCAUGAUCAGCUCAAGGUCGUCCAAUCUCUGCGCAGUGGCGAUGGCCACCAUUCUCCAAAGAAUUAAUCGGAAGCGAGUCGCGAUUGGCGUGGAUGGCAGCUUAUACAAGGCUCACCCGACAUUCAAGGACUUGUUGUCAACAAAGAUUGAGGCACUGACAGGUGGAAAAUAUGAGUUCAAACUAGUCCUCUCGGAGGACGGGAGUGGGCGCGGAGCAGCAGUGGCAGCAGCCGUGGCAGUUCGUUUGGCAGGUGCUGGUGGGAAGAAAUAA